AUGUGUUCGCGUUCAGCUACCUACGAUCACAAGCGAACCGACGGGACAAUGACCAGCACCUGGAUCUACACCGUGCCCAAGAACCCGUCGAACCUAGCUCUGACUCGUCAGAAUUUGACUAUGGAUCUGACAUCAGUCGACCUCUUGAUUUCAGAUGACUUGUGUGGUGACAGCUGCACUGAAAGACUAGCGAUCUCUUGGGCAGUCAUUCUACGGUUCAACACUGGCGCCAACAACUUCUCCUGGUACAUUGCCAGAGGUCAAGCAGUCCGACUUGCCUAA